AUGGCGACAACCAAAGUCUACAUCGUCACCAAUGCUGACCGCGGAGUUGGCUCGGCCCUCGUAGAAGUUCUUGCUCGGAAACACGAGGACAUCGUCAUCUACGCUGGCGUCUGUAGUCCCUCUAAUGCAACAGAACUCAAAGGACUCGCGUCACAGUUCCCUGGGAAAAUCGAGAUCGCGGAAGUGGCAACUGGGGACGAGAACACAAACGAAACACUUGCGGAGACAAUCCAAGAGAAGCAUGGAUAUGUGGACGUCGCAAUUUACAAUGCAGGGAUUACGAACGACGUGGCCUCUGCUAAUGACGUUUCUCCGAAUGUCUUUCGCGAGCAUCUAGAGGGCAACGCAAUAACAGUGCUGGUUCUCUAUCAAGCAAUGUCCGCCCUCCUGAAAGAGAGCAAAUCGAAGCCGAAGUUCAUUGCGGUAUCCACUGAAGCGGCACAUACCAACGAAGACAUGGUGGGAUCGUUCGAUUAUGGCGCAUAUAGUGCCUCGAAGGCGACACUGAACUAUAUCUGUCGGAAGAUCCACUAUGAAAAUAGCUGGCUUGUGGCCUUGCCGAUAGCACCAGGCGCAAUCAAGAACGCUCCUGAAAAGGAUAUCCCGGACGAGCUGUUCAUUACUGCGGAAGCGUCUGCUGCGGCCAUUGUGAAAAUCGUGGACUACGCCACACGAGAGAAGGAGGGUGGCCAGUUCAUGAGGUACGACGGCAUGAGACUGGAUUGGUAG